CCGAAACACAAUUGCUUUGUCAAUGACGUUAGAAAAAGAACUUUAUAUUUUGUAUUGUGUGGCAUUGCGGCAUGGAUGCACGUGCAUUCUGUGGAUUGGUGGUUGUUAUUUAUAAAAAUUUUUUUUUAAACAAAUGAUAUUUUAAAAAUUAAAGAUGUUGAUUUCUUUAUUUAUAUUUCCUCUACUACUUUUAAGUCUGGAACCAAUAAAAGCAGAUAGGAAAAUCAAUAAAUAUGUAACCACAUUAAUUAAUGCUAAAUGGAAUGAGACUCCUCUUGUUCUUGAAGUAGCUGAAUAUCUAAAUGAUGAAAACCCAAAUUAUUUUUGGAGAUUUAUCGAUGCAGUGUCCGAAAGUGGACUUGAAAAUACUGUAACUGAGAAAGAUCAAUAUGAAGCAGCGAUUCAAUUAGCUAAACAAUUUCUUUCGUCCGCCGAAAUGGCUGUACUUAAAUUGGGUUUAUCAUUGCGAAUUUAUUCAGCUCGUGUUGAAAUGUUUCAUCAAAUGGCUCAAAAUAAAAAUAACCCCAAUUUAAACUGCGAAGUUUUCAUGGAUGUUGGUGGAAAGUUAACAUGCUCGUUGGAAAAGUUGGAUGAGUUGUUAAAAAAGGAUGAAUGGGAACACAUAGAUACUUACAGCAUAGAUCACUUUUAUUCAGGAAAACAAAAUACUAAUAAAUGUAUUGUUUUAUACGGACAAUUAGGAACUGAUAACUUCACAAGGUUUCACAAAACUUUAAAAUCUAUUGCUGAGAAACAAAAAAUUAACUAUGUUCUUCGUCACUACGUAAAGAAUAGAUUGGAUAGAAAAUUACAAUUGUCUGGUUAUGGAGUCGAAUUACAAAUGAAAUCUACAGAAUACAAAGCAACAGAUGAUUCGGAUAUAAAGGAGAAUCGUAAGGAAGAAUCAGAUGAAGAAAAUAAAGGCGUUGAAGAAUUGGAUGGAAUCAAUUUUUCUAUUUUAAAAAAACUUUAUCCAGAUAAACACGCGGAAUUAGAGAAGCUGCAGAAUCAUCUUCUAGAAACCAGUCAUGAAAUCGGUGCCCUCAAAGUUUGGCAGUUUCAGGAUCUGAGUCAUCAGGCGGCAGAAAGAAUAAUGAAUUCCCCUUCGAGUGAAGCUAUUAAAAUUCUAUUAGACAUUGCUCAAAAUUUUCCAAUGCAGGCAAAGUCGCUGAUAAAAUCAAAAGUGAAUUCUGACAUGAAAAUGGAAAUGAACUUAAAUCAGCAAAAUUUUUCUGCAAAUUUAAAUAUCCAACCUACUGAUACAGCUAUUUUUAUUAAUGGCUUGUUUUAUGAUCUUGAAACAAAUGAUAUUCUUACUCUUUUAGAAUGUUUAAGAACUGAACUUAGAGUCAUGGAGCCUCUUUCUAAAAUUGGGUUCAGCAAUAAGAAAAUUCAAAAACUUCUACAUUUGGAUUCAUCAACUGAUGCAGAUAAUCAGGAUUUUGCAAUAGAUAUAAGAGAUUCAGCUAUCAUAUGGGUAAAUGACAUUGAAAAAGACUCACAGUAUAAAAAUUGGCCAGUAUAUUUGACAGAGCUUUUACGUCCAACUUUUCCUGGAAUGCUGAGAAGAAUUCGUCGCAAUUUGUACAAUUUAGUUUUAAUAAUUGAUCCCCUGGAUUCAGAUUCAAUGGCUCUUUUUUCUCUUGUUGAAUCUCUUUAUUCACAUUACACUCCUCUUCGUAUUGGUUUUGUAUUUGUUAUGAAUUAUAAUACUUCCAUCACUGGACUCCAAGAUCCAAGUAUUGCAGUAAAUAAUGCCUUUCAUUAUUUUGUUGAUAGCCAAAAAAAGCCUAAAGAAGCUCUUUACUUUUUAUCCAAUUUGAGAAAUUUUAUCGGGCCAAAUGGAGCAGAAGUUAAUGAUAUAAAGAAGGCAAUAAAAGACAGAGAUUCAAAAGCAGAUGUUAAUUAUAUUUUAAGUGAAGAAUCUGAAUACGAUGUGGGUCGACAUUUAGCUUAUGAUUUUGUGAAACGUACGGGAUUUAAAACAUUUCCACAGGCACUAUUAAAUGGAGUGCCUCUUUCCUCAAGCCAACUACAUUCCGAUUCCUUUGAAGAGGCUGUUUUAUCAACAGUAAUGACUCAAACACCAUCGAUUCAAAAGGCCAUAUACAAACGUGAAGUAACUGAUGGAGAUGAUAUAGUUAAAUAUUUAAUGAACUUACCAAAUGUGAUGCCCAGAUUAAAUGAACGAGUGCUUAAAAUGGACAAGGAUAUGUGGCUGAAUCUUAAUGGAAAUGUCCCUAAGAAUACAGAAAUUAUAAAAUGGAGCACAGAAGAUGCUUCUGCUUGGUUUAUGGAAAAUUCACGAUAUCUUUAUGUUCCUCGAAAAAGAACUACUCGACAUUUAUAUUCUUUGUGGAUUGUUCUCGAUCUUGAAGAGGCAGAAGGUAGAAAGCUGCUCACUGAAACACUCGAAUAUUUGGAAGGGAAUGCCCACACCAGAGCUUCAAUUAUAAUAAACAGUGCUAAUAAGGAAUUAUCGAAAUCUUCUAUUAACGUAAUAGCAAUAGCUGCUAUCAAUAUAUUACCUCAAGAAAAGGCAAUAAAUUUCUUACGAAAUUUAAUCAAAGAUGAAAUUGUAACACAAAUAGAAGAAAAUAAUUAUGAGAUAGAGGACGAAUCAAUAUUAAAUUUGUUAAAAGACACGACAUUUUUAUGGGGCAUUAAAAAUGUACACAGUCAUUAUGCAAAGCACGUAUUAAAGCUUUCUCCAAGACAAAAGUCGGUCAUAUGUAACGGUCGAUUAAUUGGACCCUUUGAUGAAAAUGAGGAAUUCACAACUGAAGAUUUCUCUCUUUUAGAAAGAUUCAGUCAGAAUACUUACGGUGAAAAACUGUUUAAUAUUUUAACGAAAAACAAUUUUCUUGAAGAAGACGAUGACGAUUAUGGAGAAAAUGAAGUAACUGACGAUGUGAUAAUGAAAAUUUCAUCCCUUCUUGUAUCGAGACCACAAACUCGAAGUCGAUACAACGUAAUGUUCAAUGGUGACGAACACAGUGCUAUAAAGAUUGCAGCACCUGUAUCCGAUGAGGUAGCUUUCAACAUAGUCGCAAUUGUUGAUCCAGUUUCAAGAGGAGCUCAAAAGUUAAGCGCCAUUUUAGAUGUACUUCAGAAGUCUCUAAAUUCUAAUAUAAAAAUAUUCCUAAAUUGUCUGGAAAAAAACAGUGAUAUGCCACUCAAGAGCUUUUAUCGUUUCGUCCUAGAGCCAGAAGUACAGUUUACUGUAGAUGGGGAAAUCAAGGGAUCUCUAGCUACUUUUACAAAAUUGCCAAGUUCUUCACUUUUAACACAACAUAUUCAUGCACCUGAAAAUUGGCUUGUAGAAGUUGUUCGCAGUGUUUACGAUUUAGACAAUAUUAAACUGGAUAAUGUUGCGAUGGGCGUCCAUAGUGAAUUCGAGUUGGAACAUUUGCUUCUUGAAGGACAUUGUUUCGAAGCAACAGUAGGCAAUCCACCUCGGGGUUUGCAAAUAAAUUUAGGUACUGAAAGAAUUCCAACGAUGGUUGAUACAAUUGUGAUGGCAAAUUUAGGAUAUUUCCAAUUGAAAGCCAAUCCUGGUGAAUGGAUAUUGCGACUUAGACAAGGAAGAUCUUCUGAAAUUUAUGACAUUGUAACUGUAGACGGUCAAGAUACAAUUCAUGAAAAAAAUGAAGUUAAAGUUCUUUUAAGUUCUUUAAGAAGUCACGUUCUCAAAUUAAAAGUUUCAAAGAAACCUGACAAAGCUAAAAUGGAUUUAUUGUCAGAUGAUGAUAAGAAUUCUGGAAUUUGGAAUUCUAUUUCCAGGACAUUUACAAAUGAAGAAAGUGAGGAACAGGAUGAAAAAAUUAACAUUUUCUCUCUCGCAUCUGGACAUUUAUAUGAACGUUUUAUAAAAAUUAUGAUGUUGAGUGUUAUUAAGCACACUAAAACUCCUGUCAAGUUUUGGUUUCUAAAAAACUAUCUUUCUCCUACUUUAAAAGAUUUUCUUCCUGAAAUGUCAAAAACCUAUGGAUUUGAAUAUGAACUUGUUCAAUAUAAAUGGCCACGUUGGCUUCAUCAACAAACAGAAAAACAAAGAACUAUCUGGGGAUAUAAGAUUUUGUUCCUAGAUGUGCUAUUUCCUCUUGAUGUAAAAAAAAUCAUUUUCGUGGAUGCUGAUCAGGUUGUUAGGGCAGAUUUGAAGGAACUAGUGAAUAUAGAUUUAGGAGGAUCACCAUACGCUUACACUCCAUUUUGUGACAGUAGGAAAGAAAUGGAUGGUUUUCGUUUUUGGAAACAUGGAUAUUGGAGAACUCAUCUUCAAGGUCGCUCCUAUCACAUUAGUGCUUUAUAUGUUGUCGACUUAAAACGUUUUCGUCGAAUUGCAGCAGGAGAUAGAUUAAGAGGACAAUAUCAAGCUCUCAGUCAAGAUCCUAACAGUCUUUCUAAUUUGGAUCAGGAUCUUCCAAAUAACAUGAUUCAUCAAGUUUCAAUAAAAUCAUUACCUCAAGAGUGGUUAUGGUGUGAAACAUGGUGUGAUGAUAAAUCAAAAAAACAUGCCAAGACUAUUGAUUUGUGCAAUAAUCCAAUGACAAAAGAAGCUAAAUUACAAGCAGCUAUGCGUAUUGUUCCAGAAUGGAUUGGUUACGAUGAUGAAAUAAAAGCAUUGCAACAAAAAAUAGAAAAUGACUCUAUACAUAGUGAAAGUGAGAAAGAUGAAACUCCUGACUAUUCUACGAAUCACGAGGAGCUUUAGAUUUAAAAUUUGAGAAGGUAUCUCUUCUAAAAAUGUAGGUAAUUUUUGAUAAACAAAAUGAUUUACGGUGUGUAUACAUAUGUAUAAUUGAUUGAAUGUUUUUCUUUUACGACUUUGUGAUUUUAUCUGUAUUGUAUAAAUAAAAACCAAACAGAAUUUUGCUAAACAA